AUGGCCAACAGUCCCAACUCAACCAAGCCUCUUGUGGUAGCGUUAGGGGAUCCGAAAUACGUUGGCGAUGAAUUUCUGGAAGAUUUUAAGCGAGAGUUCGACUUUGAGAUCCUCCCAGCAACAAACCGCCAGGAAACCCAGGAUCUUCUCCCGAAAUUUAUAGCGGGCUCCCGUCCCGUCGAUGCCUUUAUCAUUCGGAUGGGCACGAUCCCGUACGAGCCAUUCGACGAGGAUCUUCUAGGCAGCCUGUUGCCUCACUGCAAGAUCAUCACCUCCGCUUCCGCCGGCUUCAACGAGUUUGACGUCGACUGGAUGACGCGCAACAGUGUCUGGUUCUGCAACACCCGAGACGCCGUCGCGGAAGCGACGGCAGACAUGGCCAUUUUCUUGACCCUCGCGGUCUUGAGGGAUACUACUCGGUGCGAAAAGAGUGCCAGGACGGGCAACUGGAAGCAAGGCCUGGUUCCCAGUCGAGAUCCAACAGGGCUGACUCUGGGCAUCGUGGGCAUGGGAGCAAUUGGAAAGUAUACCGCGAAGAAAGCCUCGGUCUUCAAUCUCAGAGUCAAGUACUACAACCGUAACCGCCUCCCUCCGGAGGUGGAAAAGGAGCAUAACGCCGAGUAUUGCUCGUCCUUGCACUUGCUCCUCGGCGACUCCGACAUCAUCUCCAUCUCCUGCCCGCUCAAUGACUCGACUACGAAUCUCAUCUCUUAUGCCGAAUUUGCCGCUAUGAGGCCGGGUGCAUUCUUCGUCAACACUGCGCGCGGCGCGAUCGUGGACGAGGAAGCGUUGAUCCAGGCUCUGGAAUCAGGUAAGGUAACGCGCGCUGGCCUCGAUGUGUUUUGCAACGAACCCAACGUCAAUCCAUACUUCCUGGCUAGCGACAAGGUAGUCGUCCAGCCACACAUGGGGGGUCUCACGGAUGUCGCCUUCAUGAAAUCCGAGAGGGAGUGUUUUGAGAAUAUCCGGAGUCUGUUCCGGACAGGGCGCCCUGUUGCGCCUGUCAACGGAGUGGUCACCAAGUAG